ACGACCCUAGCGCGCCAUUGUGGUUGUUCGUUACAGUUUCUGUGUCAUUUUGUGUCCAGUUUGUGUGUUUUUAUUAAGUUUUAGGGCAGUAAUGAAUAUAUUUUUUACAAAUAUUUUAGACGAAAAAAUAACAGUGACAAUAAUGCGUGCCGAACCUUUUAUACCUGACUAAUUGACACCUUUGAGUCAUCACGGCUUCUCUAGGGCGGUCCCUGAGGGGCAGCGAUGGAGGUUGGGGCGCGAGCCCUGGAUGUUCUCCCGCUACUGCAGGAGCGGGUGGCGGCUUUGACCGGUGGACGGGACCGCCGCGGUGGCCCCAUUAUAUGGUUUCCGGCCAAUUCGAGGCGAGAUCGCGUCGCCCCAGAUGACUAUAGGCGCCUGCUCCAUUAUUUAAUCAGUAUACCCAGUGAUUCAGUCAGAUCACAUGGCUUUACAAUCUUAAUAGAUAUGAGAGGUUCAGCAUGGGCAGCAAUAAAGCCAAUCUUAAAGGUUCUCCAAGAACAUUUCUCAUCAUCCGUCCACCAGGCACUAGUUGUAAAGCCGGACAAUUUUUGGCAGAAGCAACGCACUACUAUAGGAGCCCAUAAGUACAAGUUUGAUACAACAAUGAUUAGCUUAGAAGCACUACCAAAAGUUAUAGAUAGUUCCCAAAUGACAGCAGAUUUAGACGGCACUCUACCGUAUGAUCAUUCACAGUGGAUUGACUUAAGAUUGGCACUCGAAGAACUGAUGUGGCAAGCAGGUGAACUGCUUGAUAGGCUAGACGAUCUGCAAGAGGAUGUCGCUCGGGCCGAUUUCGCUGAUGACGUGACGGGUGCCAGGAGAGCCAUUGACGCACAUGCGGAUAUUAGCAAACGUCUCUCCAAGGUCCCUGUGGAUGAACUUGAGGCACAGGGUGAACGCGUUCUUCAGCGGUUGGAAGCAGCUGAAGCGGCGAGUGCGGAGGCAAGCGGCAGCGGCGGCGAGGCGGCCGCGUUCCACUGCGGUUCACCGAGCGCGGUCCGGGCGCAACUCGCUGCGGUGCGGUCUGCGCACGCGCACGCACACAAACUCUGGCAGCACAAGAAGAUGCAGCUCGACCAGUGCUUCCAGUUGCGCUUGUUCGAACAAGACUGUGAAAAGAUGCUCGAAUGGAUAGUCAACCACCGGACGGCUUUCCUUGCUACGUAUGUGGAGAUCGGAAGGUCAUGUACAGCCGCUAAGCGCUUACAGGAAGAACAUGCGAGAUUCGCGGCGGCGUGUACCGGUGGGGGUCGGCCGAGCGUCGCUCGUGUAACGACCGCCGCGCGACGUCUCGCUGACAAGCGGCAUUACGCCGAAACACACAUUACUCAACUCGCGCAUCGUCUCGAACGAGCAUAUAAACAACUAUCAGCUGGACUCGAAGAACGUUCAGCCGUCCUGUCGCUGUCUGUAGUAUUUCAUCACAAAGCAGAAGCUUACGCGUCGGCGGUGAGCGGAUGGGGCGCUCAAUGCGCGGUCGCGUUACAACUGGCUACCGGUCAGGGCGGAGCGCCCUGUAACGACCCGAGGGCAUUGGAACAACAUGCUCAGAGACAUAGGCAACUGUAUGAACACAUGUGUCAGGCUUAUACAGAGGUCCAUUCGACGAGUAAGAAAUUGUUGUAUCAACUAGAUCAUUUAGUUCAAGUGUGCCAUCAAACUGAUCCCGCUGAUAUGAGCGAAGGGUCAGUAAGCACAGCGGGCAGUAGUGGGGAUCCCGCUGCCGACUACAGCUCGGGCGCGAACCACGUGUUAGCCGUCAUCCAUCAGAUACUAGGUCAUCACAGAGCGCUAGAGGCGAGGUACCACCAGGCGAGGCUCAAGCUUCACCAGAGGCUUGCGUUGCUUCUGUACAAAGAGGAUUGUAGGCAGGUGUUGGAGUGGUUGGCGAAUCACGGCGAAGUGUUUUUGCAGAAGAAUACUGGAAUAGGAAGGAAUCUCCAUAAAGCAAGAGUAUACCAGAAAUCUCACGAACAUUUUGAAAACGUCGCACAAAAUACAUACACGAACGCUGAAAAGUUAUUGGCGGCUGCGGAGGAGUUGGCGCGGUCAGGGGAAUGCGACCCCGAGGAAGUGUUAGGGGUCGCUCGCCAGUUAGAGGCGCAUGUUGCGGCGUUUGCGGCGCGCGUCGACCGCAGGCGGCGGAGGCUCGACCUCGCCGUCCUGUUAUAUACUCACGAGAAAGACUUAAUUCAAUGGCUGGAGACAUUGCGCAGCGGUGGCGGCGUUUGCGCAACGGACGACAGUCCUGAAGCGGCGAGACGCGCUCUGGAUCAGUGUGCGCAACAUCGCGCAGCUAGUCUAGAUGCCUGCGCAGCCACUAUUGCGCAGGGCGAAGCUUUACUGCAAGACUUAAGAUCAUCGGGCGACUCAGACGCGGCGAGCACCGCCGCUGUGGAGACGACACUGGAAAGACUGAGGGGUACGAGGGGUGCUCUCGAGGAACUCUGGUCGGACCGCGAGAGGCGACUUGAGCUCACCCUCCAGCUGCGUCAUUUUGAAAGAGACGCUCUCGAGGUAUCCUCCCGUCUGGAGUUGUGGGGCGACGAGUUGCAGCGAACAGAACCGCCUCGAGACCCUCAACAGGCGGAGCAGGCGCUUGCGGCUCACAAUGAGAGCGUGGCCAGGAUGCAACAUGCCACUUAUCAGGUGGUGAAACAAGGGCAGGAGUUAGCAGCGGCGAUCGCCGAGGCGUCCGAUGUGAUGGCUUCUAGUGGAUCCGACGGGUCUGAAGCGGCGCCGCUGGACGCGCAAGCCAGGGUCCAGCUCCUGCUCGAGUUUCUACACGACAGACAACUAGAUCUCGAGGAGUUAGCUGAAGAGAGGCGCGCUCGGUUCGAGCAGUGCGUACAGCUAGGUCAAUUCCAAAAAGACGCAGCUCAAGUGGUGAGCUGGAUACGUAACGGCGAAGCGAUGUUGGCCGCUUCGUUCUCGAUCCCCGGCACGCUGGCGGAGGCGGAACAGCUGAAGAGAGAACACGACCAGUUCCAAGUGGCGGUGGAGAAGACGCACGCCAGCGCUGUACAGGUCAAGUACAGGGCGGAUGCGUUGAGGGCCGCCAACCACUACGACCCACAUACGAUCAGAGAAAUAUCUGAGGAAGUGACUGAACGCUGGCAACGGCUAGUGACAUGUGCGGAGGAGCGUCACAAGCUAGUGACGGCGUCCCUCAACUUCUACAAGACAGCGGAGCAAGUAUGCUCCGUGUUGGACUCUCUGGAGCGAGAGUACCGCAGAGACGAGGACUGGUGUGGCUCAGCCGCUGCGCCAGCGACUGAUGAACCGUCGCAGGCUCAGAGUGUCGCGGACAAAGCUGCACAGGUGGCGGCGUUAAUAGUCAAACACGGGGAACAGAAAGAGGCGUUUUUGAAAGCGUGCACCCUCGCCCGUCGUACAGCGGAGACGUUCCUGAAAUACGCGGCUAGGUCGGCUCAGGUCCACGGCCAGACAGCCGCAGCCAGCAAGGCGCAUCACGAACAGACACGCGCUAUAUUGGACACGUUACUCGCCCAAGAGAAUAAGGUACUGGAACACUGGACCGUCCGUAAGAAGCGGCUUGAGCAGUGCCAACAGUUUGCACUUUUCGAACGAUCUGCCCGCGCCGCCGUGGAAUGGAUUAGAGAGACUCAGGAGCGAUGUGGGGCAGCCGCUGCUGCGGCGGCGGCAGGGGUGGCGCGGGAGAGCCGGGAACGAGUGCGAUUGCUAGCACAGCUAGCUGAUGGUCUUGUGGAGAAGGGGCAUCCACACGCAGUUCAGAUCAAGGAGUGGGUAGCUGCUGUGGAUGCUAGAUAUGCAGAGUUUAGCGGUUCAAUGGAAGGUGGUGAGAGUGAAGCCGAAAGUGAUUCAAGUGUAGCUCCGUCACUGGCGUCAUCGCAGUCUGCCGAAGCGGACACGCGGGCGGAACCACAACAGACGGCGGCCGGCGAUGACAAACGACGCAGCGCCAGACGCAAAGAGUUCAUCAUGGCGGAGCUGCUUCAAACAGAGCGAGCGUACGUCAAGGAUUUGGAGACGUGUAUUACGUGUUACUUGCGCGAGAUGCGCACAGACCCUGGCUCUGUGCCUCCAGCUCUGCAGGGCAAGGAGGACAUAAUUUUCGGGAACAUCGAAGAGAUUCACCGCUUCCACGAACGCGUGUUCUUACGUGAAUUAGACAAGUACGAAACAAUGCCCGAGGACGUCGGACAUUGCUUCGUAACGUGGGCGCGAGAGUUCGACAUGUACGUCUCGUAUUGCCGGAACAAACCAGACAGCAACGCGGCGGUCGUGCAAAACGCUGGCGACUAUUUCGAAAGAGUACAACGUAAAAAGAAAUUGGAGCAUCCAUUAGCGGCUUACUUAAUCAAGCCUGUACAGCGCAUCACCAAAUAUCAACUGCUGCUAAAGGAUCUUCAAGCGUGCUGUGCGGAGGGCCAAGGAGAGAUCAAGGACGGUCUUGAAGUCAUGUUAUCGGUACCGAAAAAGGCCAACGAUGCUAUGCAUCUCUCUCUUCUCGAGGGCUGUGACGUGCCGACAGACAGCCUUGGUGAAGUGGUCCUCCAAGAUUCGUUCCACGUCUGGGACCUCCGACAGAUCAUCAAGAAAGGCCGAGAGCGGAGGGUCUUCCUCUUCGACCUACAUCUACUACUAGCAAAAGAAGUGAAAGACUCACACGGGAAAGCGAAGUAUAUUUACAAGACAAAAUUCAUGACAUCCGAGUUGGGUGUGACGGAGCACAUCGAAGCGGACGAAUGCAAGUUCUCCGUGUGGACGGGACGGGAACCGAUGGCAAGUGACUGCCGGAUAGUGCUGAAAGCACCUUCGCUGGAAGUGAAGCAGACCUGGGUUCGACGUCUCCGGGAAGUUAUACAGGAAACGUACUUCAGUGGAGCACUGCAGCAGCCUCCACGCAGUCCCGGCCGCGUCCGACCUACCAGCUCACAGAGAUCUAGCAGGGACCUUGAAGAGACUCUUUUAGAUGAAACUACAGAAAAUCUAGACAGAAAUUCGCUGGCGUCCUUCGGUAGCGGUAAUACUACAGAUUCUGAUAAGGCUGGUCCAGAAAUGACUUGGGUGGUAGCAGAGCAUACCGCGUCUGGUGCUGGUGAGCUAACAGUCACAAAGGGUCAGCAAGUGGAAGUGGUAGAAGUCUGCCAGGGCCGCACCGACUGGUGGGUGGUCAGGGUUCCUGGGGAGCCUCCGCAAGAAGGGGCAGUGCCCGCGCACGUUCUCAAGCCGCAACCACAACAGAAGACUUCGCCCUCAAGACGUCCACUCAGCCAACCGUGUGAAGAGGCGUUAGAAGCUUCGAAUUCUGAUCCCGGAGGAACAGCAGUCAAUGUCGCCAGUCCGGGAAAGCAGCGCCGUGGAUUUAGCGGACGGCGAUGGCUUGGCUUGAGGAAGCCGUCGCAGGUCAAGGAGAAGGCUCCUAGCGGCGCCCAGUCUCCAGCUACAUCAGACAAACCCGCUCCACUCAAGAAGGUGCCCUCAGAUAAGAAAUUCAGGUUGCCGUACAACACUGACAAUGGGCGUACAGAGGAGGGUGGCGAAAGCAGCCACGGUGCGGGUGCCCUCGAUGAGACUGAGGAUGACACGGCGGAUCUCGAGCUUCCGCCGCCCAUGAAACCUAUACAGGAUCCACAAGCGGUUUUGCAGCAAGCACCCACUCCUGUCGCCACAGCUUCUGUCCCCACCACACGAAACUUACUGGCGUUGGACGCUUUGGAUACUAAUGGUGGUCCUGCCGAUAUAGCAGAAAUUGAACAGAUUGUCAAGGAAAGAAUGGAACAACAUGGUGGCGCGAGCACCUCGGGAAGAGUGGGAGACCCUGAAGAGGAUGAGCAGCCUGUAACCCCUGGUCCUAAUACCAGCGAAGCUAUCCUCAAGAAACGCGAGUUUGUUUUAAAAGAGCUCUUCGAUACCGAAGAAAUAUAUGUCGCAGACCUGAAAGUCAUCUGUGAGGGCUACAUGCGUCAUAUGCAGGAGCAUCCCACUGACCCACCAAUGCCAGAACCACUCAGAGACGACAGACGACACCGCAUGGUGUUCGGCAACAUCGAAGCGAUCUAUGAAUUUCAUCGAGACAAAUUCGUGAAGGAAUUACAAGGCUGCAUCGCGAAACCGGAGCUGUUGGGUGAUUUGUUCCGCCGCUUCCUGGAGAAACGCAUGUUCCUCUACGAGUCCUACUGCCGGAACAAACCUGUCUCCGAAUUCAUCGUCUCGGAAAAUGAAGUUUAUUUCCAAGAACUAAGACACAAACUCGGACAAAAGUUGCAGCUCGGGGACCUACUGAUAAAGCCGAUCCAGCGCAUCCAGAAGUAUCACUUGUUGGUGAAGAAGAUCUACGCGUACUCCGAGCAAGCGGCCGCAUCGCUGCCCGUGCUGGAAGCUCUACGCGAUGCUGUCGAGUGCUCGGACAUCAUACCCAAGAAUGCCAAUAAAAUGAUGGAUGUGGGACGUCUAAAAGGAUUCCCGGCCAGCAUAGCCUCCCAAGGAAAGCUGUUGCUCCAAGAACCAUUAGCGAUAGCGGACAUCACGGGCGGGGGCAACGACCGUGAGGGGAAAAGCAAAGAGUUCCACGUGUUCCUCUUCGAACAAUGCGUCAUAUUCAGUGAGGCGGUCGGCAAAAAGACUCAGUUCGUUAGCCCCACCUACAAUUACAAGGCCCAUGUCCAGGUGAAUAAAAUGGAGCUAGAAGAGCUGGACACCAAUGGAGCUUUCAUCAUUCACUCGGUGGAUCCCAAUAAACCAAAACAGUCGUACCUGUGCCGCGCUCCCGAGGCUCGCUGCCACGAAUGGAUUUCCACACUGUCAAGAAUACUGCAGUCCCAAAGAAUCUUCGGCGAAGCCCUGGAGAACCCUGGCGCUUACCUCCGGGAGCUGCACAGGGAGCCAGCUCGUGACCCAGCUGCCGUGGGUGAGGGUUGGUGCGGUCUGCGUAAGACCGAGAGCGUGCCGCCGUCGUUGGGCGGACGGCUGGCGCCCGACUUGCGCCAGCGGACGCAGCGGCCGCACGCGAAAGCGAACACGAUCAACCUACCCACUACUACAAGUCGCAGCGACGAGAGAAAGAAGACAGUUAACGUUACAGGGAAUACGGCCGUGAGUCCCACCUCACCGCCGCACGCCAACGGUUUAUCGAAGCGGCCGUGGGGACUGAAGCUGCGGCGCGGCGGCAGUGGCGAGCCGAGCGUCGACGGCGUCGUUACGGAGCUGCGACCGCCGGAGCUAUCAGAACCGGCCUCCGACGUCACGGUGUCACCAGGAGCCACCGCUACGCUCGCGUGCCGCGCUGUCGCCACGCGUGCUUCCGCCUCAUGGCGCAAAACGGCCCCGGAAACUCGGGCACUGCGUCACGGCGGCCGGUUCGCAAUCAGCCUCACGCCUGAAGGCCUCGCCACUCUCACCAUCCAUGCGUGCCGAGCUUCCGACGCUGGAGUGUACUGCUGUCUAAUCAGUAACGAGCUGGGUGGCGUGCAGUGUUCAGCGAGGCUGACCGUCGGCUCGGGAGGUACACCAGGCGUUCCAGCGGUUCGCGCGCAUCCCGGCGGCGGCCUCGUUGUUCAGUGGGACGAACCGACACCCGCGCACUUAGAAUACUGCCGUGUAGGCGAAGGAGAAUGGAGACGAGCGACGGAGACCCCCGCCGCGGCUAAUACUCUAGCGUUGGAGGAGUUACCAGCAGGGCAGUACAGCUUCAGAUUGAUUUGUGGCCGUAGCGGUGCGGCCGGGCCCGCAUCAGGACCAGCCGCGUGCGGCGGCGGUGGUGGAUGGCAACGCGAACAAUUCGCGAGGAGAUAUAGCGUAGAGGAGGAAAUAGGGCGAGGCCGCACUGCGCGGGUUCUCGCCGCUCGGGAUACCGGCACCGGUCAAAGGGUUGCCUUGAAACAGGUGUUAGCCGGUCGCGGCGCAGACGCUAUGCGCGAGUACCGUAUCCUCUCGCAAUCGGCCCACGGCGCGGUAGUCCGCGCGAUGGCGUUGUUCGCGGAGGUACCACGCGCAGGCGCACACACGCUCGUACUAGAAAUGGUGGGAGGUGGGCCGUUACUAGAGUGGGCAGCGUCAUCGCCUCAUGCGUACACGCAACAAAUGGUCGCGCAACACACAAAGCAGCUGUUGUCAGCGCUUGAUUGGCUGCACAGCAACAACAUCGCCCAUCUAGAUGUCAGGCCGGAAAAUAUCCUAGUGGAACUGAGCGGUCCACAACCGCAGCUGAAGUUGAUCGACUUAGGUUCAGCAGUGGAGACGGGUGAGGGUAGCGCGGCGACUUCCGGCAGGGAGGUGCUACCGCCUGCGCCGGCGCAACUCGAGUUCGCGCCGCCAGAGUGCGUCCUAGGACGACCUCCGGCGCCCGCAUGGGACGCUUGGUCUGCGGGUGUCUUCCUAUACGUAUUUCUAACAGGGUUGUCACCGUUUUUAGACGAAUCAAUAGAAGAGACAACAGCAAAUAUAAUAAAGUGCGACUACUGCUUCCCGCCGGAGCACUGGGCCGGCGUGGGGGAGCGGGCGCAGCAGGUUAUAAGGGGCUUGUUGGAACCUACGCCCUCCCGCCGACUGGCCCUCAGGGACGCCAUUGCAGACCGCUGGUUCGAUGAGGCGCCCACAACUACGCUAUCGGCUACACAACUGAAAACGUUCCUAGACCGACGGCGGCCUGCUGGUCACGGCAACGCAUUACACUCCCUACGGUCACCCAACGACACUUGACCUCUCAGCGACGACGCGUUCGUCCUGUAGACGCGUCCUGUUCACACUGCCACACGCACACACAGCGAGAUUACGCGGCGGCGUCGAUGCACAGAUUAAAAAUAAUUAUGGCAGAAUAACAUAUUUCCGUAGCCUUGUUUUAUUGCAAAAGACUGCUAUAGUGUAUCGACGAGCGCCACGUUUACCUGACAUGACGCGAGAAGCAUCGCUUCCCGAACUGAUAUUAGUGUAGACUCAAACAGAUGAAUUUCUUAUUCACUGACUGUAACCAUUAUAUUUUAAAUAUAUUAACUAUUUCUGUGAAACCGUUAUUGUAGCGAUGAUGUUUAUAUAUAUUAAUUAAUAAGAAACAAAGGCAUCAGCCAAAUUUAGAUCUUACUAAUCAUUCAUACACACAAUGUAGGUUAUGUUUUUUCUCUAAGCUGUAGUUUAACUUUAAUCGUUCUAUAGUCAAUGUGCCCACCUGUCGUUUUCGGUAUAUUAGGUACGUGAAAUUAUGUUGCGAUUUUUUUUUUUUUUGGUUAUUAUUCAUUAUUUGUAUCGAUUAUUACAAAAAUAUGCCAAAUUUAUUUCGUCAUUGAAAGCCGUUCUAUAAAUUAGAUCCACAUUUUUUCACAGAUGUAACAUAUUUCCCCUGGCCCCCGUUGACUGGCAUCCAUUGAUGUCGCAAUAUUAAAUAAAGUGUAAUCAAGUAACCACUAUGUAAAAUUUGUAUGAUUCGAGAGCGGCCGAUUAUAAGGAAAGUGUCUGUGAUUUAUGCUAAAAUAAUAUUUCAUGCUUAUUCCUAAUUUAACGUGUACUUGUUAAAACUAUUAAAAUGUAUAUAGCACUAAGUUAGCGUGUAAUGUUUAUCUUAAUUUCUGACCAAAACGCAAAAUUUUUAUUGUAUAAGUAAACGAAACGGCAAGAAAUAAGAUCGAUAUUGGCAUCAUAGUAUAAUAAUAUAACUGAUAGUUAGUCGUAAUAGGUGAGUUCACAUCGUCUAUACCUCUCGCGGAGGCUCCCCACUGCAAACUUUCUCUACACAUGCACCCGCGUGCGAUGUCUAUUUACACUUUGUUUAGUGCAAGUGCGAAGUGAUUAGUUGUCAUGUUAGUAUUAACAAAACAGUGUUAAGUGCUCAAUGCAGUUUUCAUUCCCAUAGUCAAUUGGCAAAGGAAUUUAUCGACAGACACGUUACCGCUACCACGUUCAUAAGAUAGAAAUAGUCACGUCUAGUAUCUCAUUCUUUCUCAUGCGAGCACUAACGUAAACGUAUCUACGAUAGAUUCGUUUCGUCCUUUUCAAUCUACUUCACUAUUCCGUCCGUCGUAGAUCGGGUAAUGCAGCGGGUGCGCGAGGGAAGCUGUUUAACAGCAAAUGUGGACCAUGCUUCUAUUAGUUUACUUCGCACUCGCACUUCGGAAGUAAAAUUUCACUAAUCACUUAGUAAGUGUAAAUUAGCCAUAAGGCGGAACUGUAAUAGAACGCACACAACAGUCAUUCCAAUGCCUUUUAAUCCUAUUCAGUAAUCAUUAUUUUUAAAUGCAUCGUGCUCCAAUGUAGACGAAAUAAGUAACUGAUAUAACUAUUAUUAUAUUAUGCAAAAAGAGUUACUAAGAUUUUAAUAUUAAGCGAUUUCUAAUUAUAUCGUUUGGAGUAUGAAAUCCUCUACCACAAAUAUUUAUAUUUAUAUACCUACAAGUAUAUUUUAAUCAAUUUUAGCACUUGUAAUAUUUGUUAUGUCCUUGUAUUUAUAUUAUCAAUUAGUCAUUGUAUUUUAUUGCAUAUAUAUAUAUUUAUAAUAUUAUUUUUAUAAUGUGUUUUAAACUGGUAUUGUAUUUUUAAAACGUUGACCGCUGUGGCUACUGAAUUAUCACAAUAUUUUAUAUCAGACAUGUACCAAUAUUAUUUACACACAAACGCUUAUUGUUUUAUGGCAUUAUCACCGAAUUUUAUUUAGUCGAGAUGACCAUUCCACAGUUUGUGCUGUAGAAUAUUCUACUUUAUUGAUCUCAUUACAUGAACUAUAUUCAAUUGCAAACUGGAUUCUUUGAAUUGUACUACAAGUGGAAAUGUUGUGUAUAUAACGAAACAAUAUAUAUAUAUUUUUAUAUAUUCGUUCAUUUUAUAUAUUAUACAAUAUAAUAUAAUAUAUAUUUGAUAUUUUAUAUUCAAAUGAUUAAUAAUUUAGUAGCUUUAAAUAGUACAGCGAGGUUUCGAUUAUUAAAUGCAGCACUAGCUAUUUUUGACGGCUUCACCUUGGCGAAACAUUUGUGCUCAAAGAAAUUUCGGGAAAUCGCCAAACGUGGAAGGAACCAAUGUACACAAUUUUAUCUAAUGUACCUAAGCAAUUUUAGCAAUACAGUAUUCGUUACAUCACAAUUAUUAAAUAAAUUAGCUGUGUAUUUCACAUUGUCAUGAUUAUAUUUAUAUACUUAUUUAUGUUUUUUUUUAUGGUAUUAAAUGAGUAUUCUUAAAAUGAUGGAAUAUCCUACUUUGUUUUAUAUCUGAUUUUUUUUUAAUUAUUAAUUAAUUAUUAUAUUAUUAUGUAUAUGUCACAUCACACAUGCUCACAUGUAAUUACGCAGACAACUUUGUAACAAACGUUUCAAAGUGAGCUUCUUAUAUAAAAUUAUAUUUAUAUAUUGGAAGACAAUAGAAAUGUGCACAAAAGUAUUUUUUAUUGAAUUAUUUAUAAAAAAAAUUAACACAUCGAAAUAUAACGUUGUCAUUUUAAAUAAUCUGAAUUGUAUGAAUGUAUUAUUUAUGCUAUAAUUUUAUAUUGUGGACGUUUCAAAUAUAAUAAUAAUGUGGAAAGGAUAUCGUGUAUUUUCCGUUAAGUAUUUGUAAUAACAUGUUCAUCUCGGCACUGUAGAGUUAAAUGUUAAUUAAUUUCAUAGUACGCUUACCGUUUUACCCCGUAGUGUUUACUCAGCGAGCUGUCCGUCAGUGUCACUUCUAGAUAUCAAGUUGUACUAGUACUGAUGUAACUAUAUAAAUUUCAUUAUAUAAUUUUGUGAAAAAAUACAAUAAA